AUGGCGUCCCGAUAUAAGGACAAGGACGCCGGCGCUGUGCUCUCGUUCAGCGGCCAAUGGGUCAGCUGGUCGCACACAGCCUUUGCCUACCUUGCAUUUCUGAGCGCUCUCAUCAUUGGCUGCUCUUUGCACUACCACAAGAUUGUUCAGAAUGAGUGGUAUGGCUACCCCCAGGAGUGGUUCCCCUCAGUGUCUGCCACUAUCGGCGACCGUUAUCCCGAGCGCUCCAUCUUCAUGAUCGCGAUCGCCAUCACUUCCGGCCCGCGCUUUGCUCUCGUUGGCCUCUGGUACCUGCUUACCGCGAAGCCGGGCCACACUCUUCCCAAGGCUGUCGCCAUCUCGGGCCUUAUCCGUACCUUGACGUGUGGUGGCUGGACCUAUAUCACGUCGACCGAUGACCACGACUGGCACGACAUCUUGAUGAUCUCAUACAUCAUAUUCACCCUUCCCUGGACGACCGGCUGUAUCCUGCUGAGCCCGCCCAACGCAAAGGCGAUCAAGUACCGCAAGUACAUUGCCGGUGCCUUCUUCGGCACUCUCGUGCCCCUGAUAUACUUCUUCAUCCAGCACAAGGUUCACCGUGUGCCGGGAGCCUACACCAUCUACGCCUUCUUCGAGUGGUCGCUGAUUGUUCUGGACGUCGCCUUCGACGCCGUCACCGCGCUGGACUUUGAUACGUUCGAGCUGGUUGUCAAGGAUGUCAAGGGCAUGAGCAAGGGUUCGAACAACUCGUCUGUGCCCGCUGCCGUGCUCGAGAAGGAAAAGGAGAAGCCCGUCUUCGUCGGCUUUCGCCUGAGCGAUGCCCUCGACAUUGCCGCUGAUGUGUACCAUGGGUUCGUCUUCUGGAGCGUCCUGACCAGCUUGGGUCUGGUCAUUUGGUACUUCCCCCUCUGGCACAUGGGCAUCUCCGGCUACGAGGCCCUUGUCUUGACGACCAUUACCCCCGCCUUCCUUGGUAUCAAGAUGUUUCGUUCACUUGUUGUCCAGAAUCAGCGCUUCUUCCACCUUCUCGCCCUGUCUGGCCUCGCGGCUUAUCUCGUCAAGGACCCUGUCUACAGGCUCUUCACCGUCGGCUUUGGCGUCGCUACCGGCUGCCUUGCCUGGGUCGCUACGCUGCUGGCAGACUCGGCUCAGCCUGCUCGGCUCGAGACGCGCAUUCUGGCCUGGACCAUUGGCCUGAUCAUGUCGUCUGUCGCCAAGUUUGCCUGGCACACGAACAACCCCGUCUGGCCCAUCAUGCACGCGGCCAAUGGAGGCUGGAAUGGCACCGGCCUGGUUUUCGGCAUUCUUGCUGCUCUGCGCUUCACUCGCCGUGCGCCCUUGAGCGGCGGCGAUGCUCCCCAGGAGAAGAACGGCUCGUCCCUGCUCUCUGCCCUGAGCAUUGGCGGCCUGUUUUUCGGUCUGCACUCACUGCUUUCCGACACCAGCACCAUGAUCUCAUGGGUUUGGGACGGCUAUCCGGUCCGCGGCCCUGUCGCUAACGUCCAUGGCUGGUAUACCAUUAUUGCCAUGACCAUUGGCGUUGCUAUUGGUGUUCUCCGGCCUGAUCUUGUCACGUCGUGGACUGCUUAUGGCGUGGCUUGCGUUGGCGCCGCCAUCCUGACCAUCUACCCUCACUGGUUUGGCUACUAUGGCGGCUUGACCCUAGCCAUGUAUUUGAUGGCUGUCGCGUUCCCCUUGAUUAGCAGCGCCGCCAAGAAGAACGUCGCUGUCACCUUCGGCCUCGGCUUCAUGAUCUACAACCUCCUGGUGCUCUUCCAUGUCUGGGUCGUGGCCUAUGCCUUUGUGCCUGGCGGCCCUCUUGUGCGCGAACAUACCGACUGGAUCAUGAUUACCAUGAUGCUGUCCAUCGGCGCCGGUGUUUUCGAUCUCAUCUCUCAACAAGCCCGGUCUGGCCGUAAGACUGUUAAGGCCUCUGAUCGCACGCGCCCCAGUGCCACGGGCCAUCGCCGCUACCAUGCCGGUGUGCUCGGUUUCCUGCACCUCUUCUUCCUCCUCGCCAACGUGCGCCGUUUCCCCUCGAAUGACUACAAGCCUCACCAUGCCAACGACCGUCUCAUCACCGCCGGUAUCUGGACCAUUCACUUUUACCUCGACAACGACAUGUGGUCGUCCGAGUACCGCAUGCGCGACCUGAUCAAAGAGCUUGAGAUCGACGUCAUCGGCCUCCUCGAGUCUGACACCCAGCGCAUCAUCAUGGGCAACCGCGACACUUCCCAAUUCCUGGCCGAAGACCUUGGCAUGUAUGUCGACUACGGUCCGGGCCCGAACAAGCACACCUGGGGUGCCGCCCUCCUCUCCAAGUUCCCCAUCCUCAACUCGACCCACCACCUGCUCCCCUCCCCCGUCGGCGAGCUCGCCCCCGCAAUCCACGCCACGCUCGACGUGUACGGUACCCUGGUCGACGUCUUCGUCUUCCACUCCGGCCAGGAAGAAGACCCUGAAGACCGCCGUCUCCAGUCAGAGUAUAUGGCCAAACUGAUGGGCUCCUCGCCCCGGCCCAGCAUCCUCCUAUCGUAUCUGGUCACUCGCCCGCUCGAGGGCAACUACAACACCUAUGUGUCCCAAACCUCCGGCAUGAAGGACGUCGAUCCGACCGACUGGGACCGCUGGUGCGAGUACAUCCUGUACAAGGGCCUGCGUAGGACGGGAUAUGCCCGCAUCAGCCGGAGUACCAUUACCGAUACGGAACUACAGGUGGCGAAGUUUGUGGUGCCGAGCAACGAGGAGGAGCAAGCCAAGGCUUGGGACGUGUCCGAGGAGUUACGGAUGAGGCGAGUUGAGGAGCACGAGGUGCCAGAGGGUUGGAGGUUCCCGCAGAUGUUUAGGGGUGAGGGUGUUAGGGGACAUCGGUAUCAUGUUUUUGAUGAGCCGAGGUAUUAUAAUUAUUGA